AUGCACGUUGCAUGUGACUGUCUCAACGUGAAGAUUCAUCUAAAAGAUGGACCUUUUGUUGCUCGCUCCGAAUGGGGUGCAUUAUUCUACGAGGGAAGCGCUGGAAUCGGAGGGCGGAAGGAAGAUUGGGGAGCAUUGAUGGAUUCCGAAGAUUAUUCCCCAGCAUUUCGUCUUGUCAUCAUGAGGAGGCGUCCCGAGGGUUUGGAUACGCACAGUGGUGACUUUCUUAGCGGAGUAGCAAGCAGCUUGGACCAAAGCACUGACAAAUAUUUGCGUCAGGAAGAAGUUAAUGUCGAAGAGCGCAUUCGACAGUAUGCCGAAAUCCAAAGAAAAUCUCUGGAAGGGAUCAAGCAGCGAGCUCAUUGUGACAAGAAACGUCUAAUCGGAUCCCUGAGGAGUGUUACCGAAGAUGAGAGCGAGUUGAUGGAAAGCACCACGACUCCAUUUGACGAACCCGUCGCUUUCGCCGUGCCUGCGAGCGAACUGACGCCGCCAAUGACUCCCAAAGACAAUAGUAAAAACGAGGAACCAGACAAGGUUGACGACCACUUGCAGCGAACUGCUGCUAUGUUCGACGAGCCGCCUGACACUUUGGGACCACUUCCCAGUCCUACUGACAUUCUGGAUCGAGGUGAAAUGCGAGGAAAAUUGCGAAGGAGGAGUUCCGGAGGCGGAUCUGCUUCUCGUCUCGGUUCCUCGCUGGACACCGAAGGUUUGUUCUUUUUCGACGGGAUGGAGGAUUCAGUGCUAGACCCAGGAACGCAAGGACUAGUUGAAGAACACAGUGAAGAUAAUACUGUGGACGAAGAUGACCUGGAGGAUGCUGAGGUGGAUGACCCGUUCCCGAGCAUCGGAGCUCAGUCACUUCCGAUAAAGAUGCCCCUCAGGGAAUUUCGGAAUCAGGUUACUGGCGCAAAGCAGCGGAAUGCCAUGGACAUGGACGCCGAAUCCCCGGGAGUGGCGCCGGAAAACAUAGCGGCGUCCAUUCAAGCCCUGGCCCGCAGCGUUCACAUGACUGAGGAAGACCAGUUUCUCAUGGACUUGCCUCGGCGCCGACUCCGUUCUUUCAAGGACUCCAUCUACGACCUGUAAGGAAGUUCAGCAGCUGCGUUCUUCUACGCUUCUUUUCCUCCAUCAUUGUUGACCUCGUGUUGUCCGUGACUUCGUACGAGGUCAUAUACACCACGUGAGAGCGUUUCUCGCGAAGAGUUAGUACAUAACGACUCAAUGACUGACGAAAGGACGAACUUAGACUAAACUGUUGAUCCGUGCUCUCUUCUCUGUCUAUUGACUCUUUUUGUGCACUAGCUGUUCUGAAGCGUGCUCCUCUGAAUAAGCACCCUUCUGAAUUUUUUUUUUUUUCAAAAUUUUUGAACAGUUAUUGGAUUUAAGGCGCUUGGGUUUCGCAGGUUUAUGGUGCUUUAGCCAUAUUGCGAUUUAUGUUGUUGCCCGUGGUUUUAAAGAGACUGGGACACAGAAAAGCGAGUCACGAAAGAGCGUGUGCAGAGAAGAGCGAGUAUUACAUGGAAGAUCAAUUUAUUUUGAUGCCUGCUCGUUCGUGCAGUGGCUCUUUCGAUACUCGCUCCCCUGAUCAGCAAGGUAUUUGAAAAUUUCAGCUUAUUUUCUGCCUUGCCUUCACCCUCUGGAAAAAAAUUCUUUUUUUUUUUCUUAAUUCGCAUG